AACAAACUGACAGCUUCAAGGGCCGGAGGUUUGUUGUGGUCUCGUCUGCUGCACUGUCGCGUAAAUAAGCCUCAUCGGCCGGAUUUGACACCGCUUCUUGCUACAAGAAAGAAAGAACAACAUGUCGUCCGGCAAAUCGACGCGGACAGCCACGAAGAGGUGCGCAGCAGCUCUUUCACCACCUCGCCCAACCAGAAGGCGUCUGCGUACUGUAGCUGUGCUGUAGUGGUUCUACUUGGAAAUACUAGAUGAAGUACGGUAGCAUCAACAUGAUGCAGAAACUUCUCUGGAGACCAGCACGGAAGAGGACUGCGGGUUGUACUAAAAAUGAUGUAGCACCACGAGCAGGUCCAGGUCCUCGUCCUCCCCCAGGUGAACCAGGAGAUGGACUACUCUCGGAAGAGAAAGAACUAAGAGAACCGUUGGUUCUUUCCGGCGGACGAGGAGGCUGCGCCACACGUCCUCUUCUUCCUUUGUUCUUCGCCCCUCGUCCCGGUAAAAAUGCCUCGGCCACAUUUAAUAUUUUGUGGCAAGCGAUAGCAGUUGUACAACUCGUCCUGCUCUUGAGCGAUGCGGGGUCUGUGUUUUUUUCCACACAUGGUCAGGAGGACCAUGUGCACAACUACGGAAAAACAAAAAGAAGCCUUCUGCUACCCGGCGUCCGCGGCUCUGCACAGCACAUGGUUGACUGGAGCCGCGUGCCGACGUACUACCACGGCCAAGACGAGGACCCGAGCCAUGACGGGAACCAUCUGGCCAGGAGGUCGUUGGACGCACACGACUACACCGAAACCAAGAACUCCGUAGAAGAGAGCAGUGUGAUGAACAAGAAGUAUACUCAUGCGCUCAACCCCUUCGUCGCACCAGCAGGUCUUGGCGAGGAGGUGGACAAGAUGAACCAGCAACGAAUGCUGACCGAGGCAGACAACACGACUUGCGCACACCUGUAUGAAGAUCACAGCAGCGGGUGGGGGAAUAUGCGGAUCAAGUACGAAUUGAUCGAGAUCAGUGGCGGGGUGGCGAGUAAGGUCAGUAACUAUACGGCGAGCAACUACGACAGCCGGGUGCAGGAUUUUGUUUCGCGCCUCGAGUCUGAAGUGUUGACCCUCACCCUCUCCUUUUUCAGCACGACGUUUCAAACGCGGAGGUUCACCACCCGAGACCGCCUGUACCCGGACGUCUACCGGCAAUCCUGCCUCUCCAGUGUAGCCACGUUUAACACCGCCACCACAACGGGGGAGGCCGUGGAGGACGCGGACUUCUAUCUCUACAUCGACCUCCAGGGCUCGGGCUGCAGCGCGAGCUCGGGAACGCAGGCGUACGCGGGCGCGUGCGUCAAGGACCAGUGCGGGAAACCCAUGUUCGGCACCGUCACCUUUUGCACCCUCACCAACACGAACCAGGACAACGGCGGGUACACGAGUAUCUCCACGCUCGCGAAGCUCGACGACGUCGUUUCGACGAGCGUGCACGAAGUGAUCCACGCAAUCUACUUCUCAGCGUCGUUUUACCCCUACUUCCGGGACGACCGGGGAAAUUUGCGCAUUUCGCCCGCUUCGGCAGUGGACUCCGUGACAACGACACGGUUCUCGUGCAGUUCCUCAGGGAGUGUCACCUGGAACGAUAACAGCGGAGGAAGCAUCUGGUAUUGAAAUUCAUAUCUUCGGUUGAGUAGUACUAUUUUUUUGAAUUUGAAAUCUGAAUAUUCUGAUCUGCAUGUUGCAAGGAUUUGAAUGCUCUUCCUUGGCGCCACGUGUAUGGUUGUCUGGAGAAUUUUUGUAGGACCAUCGCUCCGCUGUGCGAGAGAUUAGAUGACGAGAUUAUGAUUUUAUCUCUGUUGCGUGAGGGUUGCAAAAGUAAAAGUUGAACAAGUUUAUGAACUUGCAUGCAAAUUGCAAAAGCAGGCGUGAAUGUGCUUAUAUUUGUUGUUUGUAUGCUGCGAAGUGGCACACUUUUUUCUUAUUUUCCUGCUAUCUAUACCUGUUUUCUCCGAAGAAGCAAGGCAUAGCGACUGUUACUCUGCCUCCUGCAGCCUGCAUGCGCAGCUGCGUUUUUUCCUGCUAGAAAGUGCCGCUUUUCCCUGAUUUUGUUUGACUGAAGCUUGGCAUGGGUAACUCUUUUCCUAGAAAGCUUUGCACCUAGCGAUCCAUACAAAAAAAAUAAAAGAAGAUGAGAGAAGACAUAGAAGAAGCUCCCUGUUGAUAGCAAUUCUUUCAGAAAACCAUUGCACUAAAAGCAAACGCCACGAAAAAACAAAAUCACAGGACGCACGACCUGUUUGAUUCCGACGAUGGUAUAGCAGGCCUCGCAGCGCACGGCGGUUUUACCACGUCAGAGUGCAAGUGCCCGACGAACGUGAAGGCGAACCCGACCAGCUACAGCGUCACCGAUUGGGCCGACUGCUUGACGACCUAUCAGACCAACCCGAAGUGCGCCUUCGACUUGGUUACCCCGAAGGUGCAGGAAAAGGCCCGUGAGUACUUUAACUGCUCGAGUCUAACCGGCGCGCCGCUCGAAGCGUCGGACACGGGGUCCUGCUCUCCGGUGGCCUCGCACUGGGAACAGAAAUCCGUGCACUGCGAGCUCAUGGUCCCCAGCGGCGGCAUGGGCUGCGACUACAACUGGCUCUCGACCAUGACUCUAGCUUUGGCCGAAGACAGUGGCUGGUACAAACCCGACUACACGCGGGCGUCAAAAUAUCGCAAGAAAAUAAAAGUAUUUGUGUAUGUGCUUCUCUGUAAAUUUGUUGGGCAAGAACACCACAUGCAUGAGCAUGUGCAACACCGUGCAGGAAAGCAAACUUGUGAUGCCAACUUUCCACGAUUUUCGUAUACCGUGAAGCACUUUUAUCGUGCGAUACGAAACCCAUCGAAGACCUGCACUGGGGGUACAACAGGGGAUGCGAGUUUAUCACAGGAACCUGCCUCACCAGCGGGACUACAGUAUUGAUUUUUGUUUAAAAGUACCUGUUGUAGUACGGUACUGGAUCUAGAAACUAAAUGAAGUAGUUGUAGCUCGUCACUUCCGCUUCGACUUGAAUUACAGUUGACUCGUCCGCUUUGGGCGUCGACGUGACAUCGAGUUUUAUUUUUAGAGGCCAUUGGAAGUUGAACGACUACGUAUGUCUAAUGUAUGCGCAUGAAUUUCAUGCGACUGCUGCUCGUCGCCAGCGGAUGAAGAGUGUGUAACAAUACUGCGAGCAGAACAAAUCUAAUCGACAAAUCAGAACUUCCAUGAGUUUUGCAAUACCAACGGGGUGGACCGUCCUUCCGCCCGCGCGUUGAGCGUCAGGCGUUGCACAGUUUCGAGCUAUGGAUCCGCUUUGCCAACAAAGUUCCAGUACUUUUCCGGUGCGAGCAACCAGGGCGGGUCCAGCUCGCUUCUAGACUACUGUCCGUUUUACGAUACCAGCAUCACCGGAACCUACUGCCAGGACUUGACCAAAUUCUACUUCACCACGCAAGGCACGAUUUCGGGCACGACCUACUACCUAAAUUACUACCACCAAAUACCAGGAAACAGCAGCUACAGCUUCAUGUCCAACUUUCGGGCCGCCAUCAGCGUCCGUACGCCUGACGAAUUUGCACUUUUUUUUACCAUUGAAGGAUAAGAGACCAGGUCGUGUUUUGAAAAAAUAAUGUGAUCGUGAAGAUUCAUCAUCUCAUCAUGAGAUGAUUGUUCACACUUGAUUCAUUCAUGUAUAACUGAAUUCAUGCUCAGUAAAAAGAAAAACUUCUGCGCACCACUACAGCGGGUGUCGGGGUUUUUUCCGUGCCCAGUAGCAGCACCGCGGUUCCCGUGUGUUACCACACGGAUUGCGGCUCGAAUCCGUACUACAACACGACGGAGUACACGGUGUAUGGAAUUUCCCCCGACAUUCUCCAGCCGCAAAUUACCGGAUUCGACUACAAUUACCAGGGUACGCUGGCGCAGAUCGGCAUUUGCCGCAAGGACACGAGUACUGGCGUCACAAGCCUCGUGGCGAACUCCAACGUGCUUCUUGCCGGCACCACGCCGACCGGCUUCUCGAACACGCAAAUCACGGGGGCGAUUACGUGUCAGCCGGUGGACAUAGUGUGCAACUACGAGCGGCCCCCGCACGUCACCGGGGGCUACCACCAGGGGGAGCUGGAACGGAACGAUUUUGUUUCCGCGUUCGCCACGACAGCAGCGAGCACCUCGUCGUCUAGCGCCGAGGCAGUGAAUACCACGACGACGACGACAACCUCCACCACAACUUCCACCACGACCACUACCAGCACGACCACCUCGACGAGCACAACCACGAGCACCUCCACCACCACCACAACCGUGACGACCAGCACGACCUCGACGUCCACCACGACCAUAACGACGACGACGCCGGCGCCAGAGGUUUCCUACGUGCUCGACUUUUUGCCGGGUAGCAACUGCAGCAACGACACGAAUACGAGUGAUAAUUCCUCCAACUGCACACUGGUGAACCAUAUCCAUUGCAAAAGUAUCGUACAACUCGUAUGAACUGCCAAGGGUGUAGUUGCAACAUGGCAAUAGAUCUGCUUCAUCUUUCUCUGAACCCGCAUCAUAACAAAGACCUUUUUUAUGUUUACGUGCGACUUACUAGACUUGGACGAUUCUUUUGCAAUGCAUGAACCAGACGAAAGUCUCCUACAAUUGGAACGACGUGCUCAACGAAGAGGAUGACUCGAAUUUUACCGCGCCAGCGUCCUCUCAAAACGGCUCCAACGAAACCACCGCCAGCUCUGUCGCGUUUGACGACGAUAUAGACGCGGGGUCAGGCGCUCCAAAUGGUACGGGAGCAACAUCGAACGGCACGCAGAAUGUCAGUAACGACAGUGCAAUUCUGCUUGUCAUCGACGACGAUGUUGAUGAUAUUAUGGGGGUUUUCUUCGGUCCUCUGAACGGAUCAGCAAACGGGACGAACCUGACGAAUGAAACCGUCCUUGUGACCUCAACCACCACGACAACGUCGAGCACCACCAUCACGGUUACCAGCACGACGACAACGACGUCGACCAGUACGACGGUGACGCUCACGUCCACCACGACCACCAUAUGAAUUGCAAAAAUGUCUGGGUCUGAAGGAAUGCAUGUUUGUCAUGCUUGUCUGGCAUGACUCUUAAAUCUGACAUGCACGUUACCCAAGAGCUCCGCUUUUCUGUGAUGCAGAAACGCAGUCUGUCAUGCAGAAUAGGCAACACCUAGAAGCUCAGAAACUUGUCAUGCUGAGCCAGCACUUGUGGCCUCAUCAUGAGACGCCACCCAGCAUCACAAGUUUCCAGACCCAGACAUUUUUCCACUUGAUACACCACCACGUCGACCUACACGGCUCUCCCCUUCGGCGUCAGCGAGGCUGUGGCCAACGUCGACGCAGCCACCGUGGAGGGCUACAGCGUGGAGGCGUCCGCGCAGUUGGUCAUGA